UUGGUAAUGCUUAUGGAUUAUAUUAGAAAUUCGAAGACCCCAAUGAUGCUUGCCUGACAUAUUGAGGCAUUGAUGACAUUAGAAAUCUCACUCUUUUUGCCUAUUAAAGUAAGUACUUUUUAAGAGAACCAAGUUUUCUAAUCUCUUAAGGGUUUAGACUGUUUUUUCUAUUAAUAGUGUAAAAAUGAUAUAGAAAAUGAUAAUGAUAAAACAUGUUAAUUUGAUCUAAUUCGGUAUGUUCUGAGCAUGGAAAUUAAACACAACAGAGGUUUAUAAAAAAACCCGGAGCUGACUACUCCAACAAUCAAGAGAAAGCAUUAUACUAUAUAGAGGUUGUGCUCAAAUUAUAGUCUUCAAGUGACUAUCCUAUCUUCUGGCUAUCUUCCAAGCUGUAAACUAUGUGGAGUCAGCUACAUGAAUUAUGGCUUAUCAAUCAUUUCUAUCUAUCCCCUUAUCUUUUACAUGGCCCUUACAUGUCAUAUCAUAUCUAAGAGUCUCUCACCAAGUUUUCUUAAUCUUCCUCUACCUCUUUUGCUAAAUAUUUGUUCUAUUCCAUCUACUCUCCUCACCGGAACCUUUAUUAGUUUUCUUCCCACUAUAGUCUUAAAGUGAGUUUCCAAAUUUUGUUUUGAGACUGCAAACUGAUUUAGAAAAACAAACAACUGGUUGAUUAUGUCUUCCACGCUCAAAUUUAAGUUAGGUCUGUAAUUACUUGUAAAUGUUAAUCAUGGACUGCAGCACGUCUUGAGGGCAUAUUAGUCUUGAAAUUGUGUUUAAUGUUGUGUUUUUGAAAUUCCAACUUAGCAAUUUUUUAAGUUUUCUCAAUGCAACAUCUGGAACUAUCUGUUUAUUUAGCAAGUGAAAUUUCAUGUGGACAAGGAAAUCAUUCCAGUUUUAAUAGUUCAAAAUUCAAGAAAAAGAAGUCAAAGUUAUUCAAUCAUAAUGUUCAUGAUGGAGAUUGAAUAAGGAGGAAAAGUCUAUGUUUGUGCUAUUAAAAUAUCAUCUUUACUUAUGUUGAUUUUUUAUGGCCCCUUAAAAAUCAAAAACGGCAUAAAGGAUCAAUUUAUCUACAUUGUGCAGUAGAUUAUUUCCUGCUAACCAACCAAGGGUUGACUUGGGGUUAUUCCAAAAUUAGAUUCUAUAUUACAUUCUUUAGACACCGGAUUCUCAACCUCAAUGGAAAAAAUAUCUGUGCCUUACAUUGAUUUGAGCCUAAAUGGUUCUUGAAAGGUGAAGACGUAAAUUGGCUGAGGCUAGAAUGUUAAACACAAUGGAGCUUGGUGAAGUAAAUGUUCCAAAGAUGACAUAACAUUGCGCACUGAUGAUAUAGGUUCCUGCUGGAAAAGUGGAUUUUGAGGUUGAUGGUGAUGUCGAUGGUGAAGUGGUAGGUAAUUCUGUUGAUUUGGAAGGCAGGGCUGGUGAUGAAAAUGGAAUGGUAGGAAGUUCUAUUGAAGGAGCUUUUCAACAAAAUCAGGAUGAUAAGGCCUCUCUAGAUCUUUCUGAGAGGGAAAUGGUUCCUGUUGAUGAGCCUCUUGCUGUAAGUAGUUCAGCUCCCAUAGACGAGCCCUAUGUUGGCCAGGAGUUUGAAUCUGAAGCUGCAGCACAUGCAUUCUAUAAUGGUUAUGCAACCAGAGUGGGCUUCAUUAUCCGUGUCAGCAAGCUCUCUCGAUCAAGGCGUGAUGGAUCUGCCAUAGGUCGGGCACUUGUUUGUAAUAAAGAGGGCUAUCGCAUGCCUGAUAAACGUGAAAAAAUUGUGCGGCAAAGGGCGGAAACAAGGGUUGGUUGCAGAGCAAUGAUUUUAGUUAGGAAAGUGAGCUCUGGUAAAUGGGUUGUUACAAAGUUUGUAAAGGAGCAUGCACAUCCCUUAACUCCUGGAAAAGGUCGAAGGGACUUGAUCUAUGAUCAAUAUCCGCAGAAUGAGCAUGACAAGAUCCGGGAGCUGUCUCAACAGCUGGCGAUUGAAAAAAAGCGAGCUGCAUCAUAUAAAAGGCAUUUAGAUAUGGUCUUCGAGUACAUCGAAGAGCACAACCAGAGCCUCUCGAAGAAGAUUCAAGACAUAGUAGACAGCGUAAGGGAGAUGGAGUCUAAAGAACAACAUAGCCGUAGAUAGAUAGUCUUUUUAACAUUAUUCAAGUUACUCUCUCAGUCAGUCGAAAACGAAACCAACGGGAGGAGAAGAAGCAUGCAGGAUGCUGUUGGAUGAGCAAACAUAUUCAUGAACAUGGUGUUGAUUUUGCUAAUUUUCCCAGCCUUCUUCUGGCUUGUGCAUUAGGUUGGAAUUUUGAAGUGAACAUUCCUUUUGAGCUCCUUGUAUAACUAUAUAUAUAUGCCCUUUAUAGGAAACAAGAGCAGAAAUCUAAAUAUUUAGAUGAGCGUCCAUGCCCUUAUUUGGCUGUGGAAUAAAGUCAUCAUUUCCAUGAUCCUUGAUGUAAAGGCACCUUCAUUUUGCAUGGUGAAAGCUGUGGUUUUGUACCCUACAAAACUGCUUCAAAGAAUGAUUAUGUUUUUCAA